AGUCUGGGAGGGUUUUCCUGGACAGAGGGCCUUGUGGCUGCUGCCUUAAGACGUGCAGCCUGGGCUACAGCUGCCAGCGCUCUCUGACCCAGGCCCACCACAGGCAGCAGCAGCAGCUCCAGCCGGCGCAGCAGCAUGGAGCUUUGGGGGCCCUACUUGCUCCUCUGCCUCUUCUCCCUCCUGACCCAGGUCACUGCCGAGGUAUCAACCCCCAAGGUCAAGAAGGCUGCAAAUGUCAAGAAAGAUGCUGUGAGCCCAAAAAUGAUUGAGGAGCUCAAGACCCAGGUGGAUAGCCUGGCCCAGGAGGUGGCCUUGCUCAAGGAGCAGCAGGCCCUGCAGACAGUUUGCCUGAAGGGCACCAAGGUGCACAUGAAGUGCUUUCUGGCCUUCGUCCUGGCAAAGACCUUCCACGAGGCGAGCGAGGACUGCAUCUCGCGCGGGGGCACCCUGGGCACCCCGAAGACAGGCUCCGAGAAUGACGCCCUGUACGAGUACCUACGCCAGAGCGUGGGCAGCGAGGCCGAGGUCUGGCUGGGCUUCAAUGACAUGGCAGCCGAAGGCUCCUGGGUGGACAUGACCGGCGGCCACAUCACCUACAAGAACUGGGAGACGGAGAUCACCGCGCAGCCUGACGGCGGCAAGGUCGAGAACUGCGCCGCCCUGGCCGGUGCUGCCAACGGCAAGUGGUUCGACAAGCGCUGCCGCGACAAGCUGCCCUACGUCUGCCAGUUCGCCAUCGUGUAGCUGGCCGGGUGGGGCGGGGCCGGGGCGAGGGGCGAGCGGGAUCGUGAGCGGGGAAGCGGGGUGUGGGGCCAUUAUGCUCCGCAUCCCGGCCCCGCACGCUGGGAGCCUCCUUUUGCAAAUAAAGUGCGUGCAGCUUGGCAGAGA